AUGUAAAAUACAAAUAUAUUAAAUUCAAGUUUGUUUUCUGCACCAAAGAGCAUUAAAAAUUUAAUUAUUGAUCCUAUACUUACAAUAGAAAGGGAUUUAAUAUACUAAAAAAAAUAAAUCAACGAAGCAACAUUCAAAAAAAAUGAUAUAAGUCAACUUUAAUCCGAAUAGGAGGAAAUGAUUAAUAAUUUAGAAGAGAAAUAUCAAUAAUUAUAAAAUUGUAUGAAAGAAGUAAUAUAAAAAUUUUUGGUAUAUGAAAAUAAGAAUUUUAUAAGAUUGAAUGAAAAUUAUUAUGGUAGAAAUGAAAGAAUUAAAAAAAUAGUAAAAGAAUUAGCAAAAAUGUUUCAUUUAGGUUUUUUAGAGUUAGAUGAUUGUAAAAGAGACUUAGUAAUUUAUAAAAAUUAUGAUCCUGAAUUGUUUCCUUUGAAACCUCGAUAAUAAAGAGAGAAAAGAGGUGAUAAAAAAAUUGGAGAUAUCGAAGAGUUAUUUAAAUAAAUAAAAGUUUCUGAUGAUAUAGAUCCAAUUCCUAUAGCUAAUUAACCUCUUCCACCUGAUGUAAUAAGAGAGAUACAUAUAAAAAAUGAUCCUUCAAAAGUUCACACAAUAAUAAUUUCUUUUAAUAAACCAAAUGAUUUUGGAUAGGAGAUUACACUUUACAGAAUUUAUUAGUUAGAUAUAUAUGAUAAAUCUUUAUCUUUGCAACCAGCUAAAAGAGUAGUUAUAGAAUUUGAGAAUAACAAAGAGUAAGUGUAAAUUUAAAGGUUAAGUUUUACCUAAAAUAAUCCAUUAAAUGUAGGUUAACUUCCUUUUAAUGAAAUGAUCUAUUUAUCAAUAGAAGCAUAAAAUAUUAAUGGAUGGUCUUCUGAAUAGGAAUUAAUCCCAAUAAAGUUGUAUGUUAAAUAUUAAUAACCACUUUCUCUCUAUUUAUAAGGAACUAUUAAUUCUAUUUUAAUAGAUGAUUCAAUAAACUUUUUAGAGUUAUUUUAAAUUCCAUAGAUUAUAAAAGAAGAAAACAAAAAGUAUCUUUAAAUUGAAGAUUAUAGUUUAGUGUUAUUAGAAAAAGAAUAAAUAAGAAAUGUAUCUAUAAAAAAAGAGUAAAUUUUUAUAUAAAUGAUAGCACAGUUGGAAUUGUGAAUAGUAAAUUUUAGGCUUGUUAAUGGGGUAGCAUUCUUAAUUUUUUUGAUGAAAACAUUACAUAACAUUUUGAUGUAGAUCCAUUAAAAGAUUUUGAUAUAUCUCCUCCGUAUCAUAUUAAUACUGAUAAAGCUAUAAGUAAAAUAGCUUGUGGGAUAUAUCAUUCAUUAGCACUUACUGUUGAUGGAAAUGUUAUUUCAUGGGGAUAUAAUAAACAUGGCUAAUUAGGAAAUGGUAAGAGAAUAAUAUAAAUUAGGAAUGACUAUUAGUUCAAUAUGGCCUUAACAACUAUCUUAUUUUAAGAAUAAUUAAAUAUUUGUAGUUGAUAUUGCUGCAGGGGAAGAAAUCUCUAUAUGUCGAACAGAUUAAGGUGAUGUAUAUACUUGGGGUAAGAUGUAAAACAACUUUGGAGAUAAUAUUAUAAAAGUACUAAAUGCGUAGAAAGAAGCUAUUAAUUUAUAAUGUGUUGAAUAAUCUAACAGUUAAUUAGUACCAAGAAAAAUAAAUCUAAAAGCUAAAUAAAUAUAAGCAGGUUAUUCUUCUUUUGGGGCACUUUCAAUAGAAAACUAUCUUUAUAUGUGGGGAUGUAAUGAACAUGAGGUAUUUGGAUUUCUAAAAUGUCCAGAAUUAGAUGAUUAAAUUAUUAUUCAUUUGUUAGAUCCUAUUAGAAUUAACAUUGAUAGUAAUUUUGAAAUUUAGUAACAAUUAUUUCUCUAUAAAAUUUAAGAGAUUUUUAACUUGGUGCUUAUCAUUGUGUAACUAAAGUUAUCAACAAAACUAACGGUUAGGAACAAUAUCUAUCUUGGGGUUAUAAUAAGUAUAAUUAAUGUGGACAAUUUGGGAGUAAUAAAUAGGGUGCUAUAAAUUGUAAAAAAAAUAUGAUAGAGUAUUUCAAUCUAUAAUAUAUAGUGUAUUGCCAUAAAAGAAAUUUAAAUCAUAUAGUUGUGGCUUUGAUAGAACAAUCUUUGCAUCAUUUGAUAAUCAUAUCUAUACUCUAUCAAAGAAUGAUACAAGAAACAAUGAUUGCUCUGUUUUUGUAGAAGUAUACAAUUAUUUUAUAUAUUUUCAGCAAGUUUUGGCCGGAGAUCUAAUUAACUUAGUAUUGGGAAAAGAAUGA